ACCACGUAAACUGAAGGAGACCCUAAACCCUUCGCCCUUUCCUCUGCGUUCAGUCUCUCUGGUGAGCGACGACGAAGACGACGAACGACUGAAUCGAUUCGAAGAUUCCUUCCAAGUAACGGUUCCGGUCUGAUUGAAGAGUUCGCAAUCGACAGUGAUUCGUGGUGGGCGCGUUGGUGAGAGGAUAUGGGGAAGGAACAGGUCUCGUACACGGUGGAGCAGCUCGUCGCUCUCAAUCCCUACAACCCGGACAUCCUUCCGGAUCUCGAGAAUCACAUCAACGAGCAGGUUUCUUCGCAAACCUACAGCUUGGAUGCAAAUCUCUGCCUCCUUCGCCUUUAUCAGUUUGAACCUGAGAAGAUGAGCUCCCAAAUCGUUGCUCGCAUCUUAUUGAAGGCGCUCAUGGCAAUGCCAGCUCCAGAUUUCAGCCUUUGUCUCUUUUUGAUUCCAGAGCGAGUGCAAAUGGAAGAACCAUUCAAGACUUUGAUUGUCCUCUCACAUUAUUUGGAGACAGGAAGAUUCCGUCAGUUCUGGGAGGAGGCAGCUAAGAGUCGUCAUCUAGUGGAAGUUGUGCCAGGUUUUGAACAAGCAAUCCAAGCCUAUGCUGUUCAUGUAUUGUCAUUGACUUACCAAAAGGUUCCCAGAACAGUGCUCGCAGAGGCUAUCAACAUAGAAGGUCUAUCGCUAGACAAGUUCCUCGAGCACCAUGUUGCCAACUCUGGCUGGGCCUUGGAGAAGGGACAGGGCAAAGGUCAACUGAUCCUCAUACCCCAGAACGAGUUCAAUCACCCUGAACUGAAGAAAAAUGCCGCAGAGAGCAUUCCAUUAGAGCACAUCACCCGCAUCUUCCCCAUCCUCAGUUGAUUCAUCCGAUUGAAAGCUGGAAUUUUUUGUGCUUGCAGAAGGUUUGACGUGAAUCUGUGCCCAGGCUUCACGUACUCAUUUCUGCCCUGAAAUAUUAAAUUUUGGAGAUGUGCAACUUUUUUUUUUCCCUGGCUAUGCUUACGGUGUAUUUUUUUUUGGAUGACUUUUUCAGAGAAGUGACAGGCAAGAUACUUUCUUGUGCUUUGUGAGUACGAAGUUUGUGCCCUAAUCUCUAAGACGAGAAAGCCUGUCCGUAUAUCGGCGGGUUAACCCAUUGGGCCCGCCGAGGCCGGGCCCUGCUUCUACGGAAAUGGAUUUAGUUGGGCGGGCUGGGAAAAUGGGCCUCAUAAAGAUCUGUCGUCUGACCCAAUCUGACUUAGUUUGCCCAAAGCAUAUUCAGGAAAGGGCCAAUGUUCUUCAUGUGUU